AUGAUCUCCAAAAUUGCGCCCGUGGUGGAGCCGAGUUUGCUCGACAUCUAUUUGGCCUGGAGUGAUGCGUGGCUCUUGUUUGAUGACAACAGCAAGCAAAAUUCCGGUCAUUACACCUUGAGUCUCGAGGACCUUGCGAUUUUAUUCGAAGAAGGUAGCAUCGAUCAACUCAUGCGCUAUGACCAGCUUGUAUUAGCCAUCGCUUCAUUUAAACAUCAUCUUGCACUUGGCAAUAUCAACUUUGGAGGAUCUCACCCACCAUCCUGCGACGAGACCAACCUUACUUCCCAGACAUACAAUCCCCAGUCAAAAUGCAACUGCGAAGUGACCGAUGUACUCAAACUUAAAACGGGGUUUCCUAUCGAAAUACGACAGAAUAUUUCAUGUGAAGCUAUUUCCGGUAUGAAGGCAUCGAUGGAGAUAGUCAUCGCACGUCAAAACGAAUGGCACAACACCGGUCUUUUCACAACGAAAAAGCUUCGGCAUGCCGUGGAGGAAUUGAUACACGCAAAUAUGGACAUUCAGCCUACACCAGAUACAUGUCGCGGCCCUCGAACAGCAAAUUCUAUAUCCAAGAUUCGAGCACCCGACCGUCGACCGAAUGCCAGGGUUGAUGGGAGUGCGACUAUCGGGAAUCAGAUAUAUCCAACCCACGAACAAAUAAAGAUUUGUGCCGACGCAAAGUAUUUCGGUGUUAUGGCAUGCGGGGCAGGACUUUGCGACGAGGGACUAGCGCGAGCGGUCGCAGAUUCCUGCAACGAUAUAUUGAUCGGCGACUACUGCGAAGCUGCAGAUGCGACUGGCUUGAAAUUGCUCCAGCGAGUUGGUGCUGGUGCAAUGGCGUUUUUAAAGAUGUGUAAUCUAGCGGGACGCGUGUCAGACUGGCAAUUCGAUAAUUUGUCUGCCUACAUGAUUCAAUGUCGCGUUUUGGGACAUUUUCGUGAUCAUUCGAGGAACAAGCUCCCAGAUGGGAUAUAUGGAAGCAGGAUGACUGGUCUUGGUAUCCAUCGUCAUAUAGAUGUGGCUGCCUUUCACGGCGUCAUGACUGCGUCUCUAGCAACUGGCCAAGAACUGACUGAGAGCGAGUUCAUGCAUGUGGUAGAUGCAUGCGUUUAUAUCAACGAUUUCGUGGAUUUCCGGGGCGAUACUAUGCGCAAGCAGCGCGAAAAUGUUAUUCUUCGUGGAAUAAGAGGAGACAUAUGCAGGUAUCUUGAUCAAAUUAUCCUCCAAUGCCUUGACUCGGUCAUCGAAGUCAUUGAGACUUCCGAGGUUGGCGCGUUGGUCGUCAUGGGGUAUUGCAACUGGGCAAUUCUCGGCGCGCAUCACAAAGUGUUUGAAGUGUUGGAGGGCAUACGUAAAGUGAGCAAUGAUACUGCUUGCAGAUACGACUCGCAAUUGGAUGGAACUCGUUAUGAGCGACUCCUCCAAGUAUUACAACCGUACGGCACACUUGGUGAACGAGGCCCCCGGGUAUCGAAGAAACGUGUCGAAAUGGACAAGCUGUAUAACAUUUAUCGAAAAGACCCCACUACACAUUUAGCAUGGCUUGCUGAUGCGACUCGGGACCUCCUACAGCCAGCGGUAUUGAGGAAGAUUAUUGAUGUUGUGCACUAUGAGUGGAGUGGUGAUCUCGGCGCUGUUGAUUAUUGUCCUUAG